AAUAUUAUAUAAUAGUUCAAAACAUGGUAUGUCCACCUCGGAUCGUAUGAAUUGAUAUUUUACGAAGAGAAAACAUUUUUUCAGACCAACAGUUCCACAAAAUACUUCUAUACGUUAUAAUUUUAAUAAUCGAUGGUCAUUGAUGCAAGUUAUGAUGGAUGAUAAUGAUAUUACGUUAAGCACUAUAAGCACUAUAAACCUUGUUCCAGUACAAAAUUCAGACAACUGCAAAAAAAUCACCAAGGUUCAUAACUUAAACGGUGACCGAUGGAAUUUAGUAAAACUAUUGUUUUUAUACAUACUGCAAGGUGUGCCAUUGGGAUUCAGUGAUGCAUUUCCGAUUUUACUAAAAUCUAAACAUUUUUCGUACUAUGACCAGGCGAUAUUUAGUGUAAGUACGUGGCCGUUUACUUUCAAAAUUUUAUGGGCUCCGUUAGUCGACUCUAUUUAUUGCCCAUCAGUGGGAAGGCGGAAAAUGUGGCUCGUUCCUGUACACCUACUGCUUGGCACUUGUCUACUGGUGUGUAGUUUGUAUAUCAAUGGCUGGUUGUCGAAUACUGGGGAUCCAAACGUGAUUCCACUCACUGUUGUUUGGUUAAUCAUAAAUUGCUUGGCUGCUACUCAGGAUAUUGUAGUUGAUGGAUGGGCAUGCUCUAUGCUACAAAAACAUAACAUACACUACUCGUCAAUGUGCAACGCAACCGGUCAAUCGCUGGGAUCGUUCUUAGGAUAUGCAGUUGUAUUGUUACUCAGAUCUGAAACGUUUUGCAACAAAUGGCUGCGUUUUUAUCCUAAAUCCGGUGGUAUUAUCACGUUAAAAGGGUAUCUAUAUUUUUGGGGAAUCGUGUACAUUGUAGCAGCGGCUUGUGUGUCCAAGUUCAAAAGCGAAAUCCAACCGUCAGCCGAACAAAAAGGUCUGGGCGUAUUAAAUACGUACAAGCUACUUUGGGACAUAAUGAAGUUGCCAAACGUUAAGAUACUAGGCGCGAUAUUUCUGACUGGAAAAAUAGGAUUCGCCACUGUCGACACAGUGACUAAUAUGGAAUUCAUGGAAGCUGGAGUAUCUGAAAACAAUAUUGUUAUAAUUGGCAUAAUGGUGUUUUUAGUAAAAUUGGUAGUUCCUAUAGCAAUGACUAAAACAACAAAUUCAAUGAAAUCGAUGGAUGUUUACAUGCAGUGUAUACCAUACAGAUUGCUGCAUGGUUUAGCAUUCACGUUGUUGUUGUAUUACACUCCAACACUUUUGAGAAUCGGUGGUAUUGUCCAAACAUUUUUUUACACAAUGUUGGGAUUCACCUUUAUAACACAUCAAAUCUUUUCAUUCAUUAUGUACGUCAUUUACCUGUCAUUUGUAUCUAAAGUAAGUGAUCCGAAUUUUGGUGGAAUUUACAUGACAUUGCUAUGCACUUUUGCAAACGUUAGCUUAGCUAUAACAAAGACGGGUUCACUUUGGUUGGUUGACGUUCUUACCUUCAAACAGUGUACUACCAACUCUCAAAACUAUUGUGCGGUUCCUACAUUGAUAAAAUCUUGUCGAGCAGCAGGCGGCAAAUGCAGUACUAUAAUCGAUGGAUUCUACGCCGAGAUAGUUAUCUCAUCUAUUUUGGGUGUAUUAUGGUUAUACUUAAUAAAAAAACCAUUAAUUAACUUACACCUCAGUGAUCGAAAAAAUUGGCUUGUUUACAAUGAAGAAAAUGUGGUAAAAGUAAAUGUUAAUGACACUAUUUAAAUAAUAAUUUUAAGAAAAAUGUGUUUAAAUGAAAGUAUGUAUAUUUGAGACUGUACAAUUAUAAUUAAAGACAAUAUUUUAAU